AUGAUCUCAAUCGAAGACGAUCUCGACGAGCGGCAAGGCAGGCAGUCCAAUCCACAGCUGGAGCCAUUCGACACGUUCCUCGAUUUCGACUACACAGACGACGACACGCUGCCGAAUGAGCUAAACGAAUUCUACUCGUAUGUCGACGUGCGCAGUGUGCUCGACAACAAGCACGAGUGGCAGGUUGGGGAGUGUGGCAGCUGGCGUGACAAGCCGCUUGACCACCGCCAAUCACUCAUAAAGGACCUUCUAAGCGCCAUCAACGCCGAUAAGCUGUCAGAGCGCUUGAGAGCAUCGCGCAAGCUGCUUUAUUUAUUCCAAGGCACCUUUAGCGAAGCCCGUAACUCCAGGCAUCAGCUAGAGUGCAUUAUUGAUAACGUGCACCUGAUUAGACUGUGCGGUGGUCUUCAGAGCGUUACUCAGGCACUGCAGGCCGCUGUCUCGUUCCAUGCCGUCGUGCACUCCGAAUACGCUCACCUCGCUGAACCUGAUUUUGUCGAGCAGCUCAAUAUCGAACUUGGCGGUUACAUGGAGAUGCUUUACUACAUGGUGCAGAUACUGCGCGACGACAACUCGUUUGCUGAGGAUCUGAUGCACCUCGAUCCUUCUCUGCCCACUUAUCUAUUCAGCCUUCUGUCUGGCCUGCGCGAUAAGACGGCCAAGGGCUAUCCCGUGAAGAAGCUCCUUUUGCUGCUCUGGAAGACACUCCUCGUCGUCCUCGGCGGCUGGAAAGAUAUCGACCGAAUCAAAGAGCUCUCAUACGACCUCUUUAGCUGCAGCCUUGCCACCAAAGACGACAACACGAUCGUUAAGAGCAAUCCAGUCGACCUGCAGCAGUUUUUCACACAGACUUCUCUCAAAUACCCCACCUACAAGCCCAAUGCGCAGCCACUACCACUCAACGGUCUCGCUCUAGCAUCUGCACCAGCUCCGCUGAAAACGAGUGCUCCGAAACAAGAUCUCCCUAGUGCGUUCGCCGUCGGUCCCACAGUUUCAGGUGGGAACUCUUCCAAUAUAAACACAGCAGCACCAGAAGCAAUGCCAGGGACUCCCCUUCCCACUCCUCCACCGUCACCGGCGCCAGGCUCUAAACUUAAAAAGACACAGUUCCAAACUGAUCAGACAAAGCCAUUCAUAUUCCCCUUCUCAGAGAAUACCUCAUCGGUACCGACAUCCAUCGACGAAGCAGGACGACUGUAUGCUGCGCAUAUGCACGUCCCCAUAUCACUCUGGCAGACGCAUCAAAUUCGCAAAGACUUUGUGCGCAGUCUGGGCUAUACCAACCGCUAUGCUGAGAUCGCUGAGGCGGAGGGGGAAAAAGGGAGUGAGAGCAAUACGGGAGAGGAUAUAGGAGCACCUGUUGAUGAAUUUGACGCGUCAUCCAUAGCCUCCCAACUACACCCCUACCUCCACGCCGACAACAGAGUGUACAUGGCCAAACUGAUGCGUAUCGAAAUGCUCUACCGCGAAAUACUCCCCUACCUUCACAACUGCGUAAUAGUACUGCUCAAGCUGCUCUUAGCCACGCUCAAUUCGCAGAACACAACGCUGCACCACGAUGGCGAGCACCCCUCCCUAUCCCUCGACGAGAUGGAUGUUGCGCGCCAUCGCGAGAUAACGAGCAAGGCUGUGAGUGCUAUUGUACUCCUUCUCCUCAAAUGGUUCAAGGUGUCGCAUGUGAUGAAGUUCCAGUGGCUGUCUACACUCCUCGUAGACAGUAAUUGCAUCCUCCUCAUGUUGAAAAUGUAUGGCUUCCAGGAUGUCUUGAGUAUGAUGCGCACGCAACAUGAGGUGGAGGAUCUCAAUUUCUUCAACUAUUGUGCGGCGAACGGCAAAAACAACGAUAAUGGGGCUAUCAAUAGCAACACUAACACCAGCAUCCAUCCACCUCAUCGCAAAGUGCCCUCCAUCAAUAGCAACGAUGGUAUACCAGAUUUCGAAACUUUCGAGAAACCCGAUACACGCAGCUAUAGUUGGCGUAAUCUGUUUGCGACUAUCAACUUUAUGCGCAUUGUGCAGAAACUCAGCAAGAAGCGGACUCACAGGUUGUUGUUGCUGGUGCAGUACAAGAGUAGUGCCAUGCUGAAGCGGCUGUUACGCAUCUCUGAGCCGCGCUUGCAGCUGUAUGUGCUCAAAAUUAUUAAGGGACAGGUGCCAUACUACGGACGUAAAUGGAGACAGUCUAAUAUGAAAGUCAUUACCGCUAUCUAUCUCAAUUGCAGACCUGAAUUGAGAGACGAGUGGUUGGCUAGUGCGGAUGUCGAUCAGGAGAUUGAGGAUUCGCUGCCCCAAGAGCAAUCUUUGCGAGCAUUUGUGAAAUUCUACAACGAGAAGUAUUACAACACACCCGGUGGACAGACACAGCACGUCGACGUAGAUGCUGCACCAGCGAAGGAGAGGCGCUCGCAUUCGCAAUCGCAAUCGCAGUCACACUCACACGAGAAAGCACACGAGGAAUCGCCGUCACACCCGCACUCAGAUGACGCCAAGGCAGAUGAUAUCUACGACAUGCACGAGUACGACGACAUCAUGGAGGAUAUAUUGGGAGGAGUUGAGGGUGACUCGUUCGAUGCGCAAGGUCUCGACCAUGUGCUGAAGGAGCUCAACCUGCACCAUCUCGAAAAAGGCUCGGAUGCAUGGCACAAGCUCAACACCUUCCUCGGGGUGGAUCAGACUUACGAGGAUGUGAGCGAUAGCGAGAGCGUUGUGUCAGUUGGUGAUCUGGGAUAUAGGCGUGGUGGAGAAGAACAAGACGAGAACGGUAAACACGGUGAGCGUGGAGAGCCUGGUGGAGAGGAUGAAAGCGGUUCACAGAGGGGCUUGAACGACUGGGAACAUAUCAGCGCUCAAACCCUCUCUCAACUCCCUCCGUCGCCUAAUCGAGCACUCAAGUCGCCGCAGAAUGAAUCCUCUCACCUCAAUGAACACCCCGGCGAACAGGAUCUCUCACCGCCGCCAGGUAGUCCGAAGCCAUUGCCUUUUGCAGGCGGUGCCAAUGGCAUUGGGGUCGAUGAGGUUGAGUUUUUGUAUGGAGAGUGA